CCGCUCCGCCACCGCCUCCCCGCGCGGCGCCGUUCGGGCCAUUUUGCGGCGCGAUGAGGCGGGAGCGGCGGUGAGCAGCACCCGCACCCUGCCCGCCCCGCUCCUCCCUCACCUCCCGCCGCGGCUCGUCCCUCCGCAGCGCGGCGGAGCCAGAAAUACCCCCGUAACCCGGAGACAUCCCCCUCAACGUCCCCCCCCCCCCCCCCCUCUUCUCUCCGCCCGCCCCUCGGCGGAGCCAUGAGCUGGGGCACGGAGCUGUGGGACCAGUUUGACAACUUGGAAAAACACACGCAGUGGGGUAUUGAUGUGCUGGAAAAAUACAUCAAGUUUGUAAAAGAAAGAACAGAGAUUGAACUCAGCUAUGCAAAACAACUUAGGAAUCUUUCAAAGAAAUACCAACCCAAAAAGAACUCCAAAGAGGAGGAAGAAUACAGGUACACAUCAACCAGAGCCUUCGUAGCCACUUUAAAUGAAAUGAAUGACUAUGCUGGCCAGCAUGAGGUCAUUUCAGAGAACAUGACUUCUCUUAUCACUGGAGAGCUAUCACGCUACGUGCAGGAGCUGAAACAAGAGAGGAAAUCGCAUUUCCACGAUGGCAGAAAGGCACAACAACAUAUUGAGACUUGCUGGAAACAACUUGAAGCUAGUAAGAGGAGGUUUGAACGGGACUGCAAAGAAGCUGACAGAGCACAGCAAUAUUUUGAGAAAAUGGAUGCUGACAUCAAUGUUACAAAAGCAGAUGUUGAAAAAGCAAGGCAGCAAGCUCAGCUACGACAUCAAAUGGCAGAAGACAGCAAGGCAGAAUAUUCUUCCACCCUCCAGAAGUUCAACAGUGAGCAGCAUGAUCAUUACUACACACACAUCCCAAACAUCUUCCAGAAAAUCCAAGAGAUGGAGGAAAGAAGAAUUGUGAGGAUAGGGGAAUCCAUGAAAACGUUUGCAGAGGUCGAUCGCCAGGUGAUCCCUAUCAUUGGGAAGUGUCUGGAUGAAAUAACCAAGGCUGCAGAGUCAGUGGAUCACAAGAAUGAUUCCCAGCUGGUGAUAGAAGCCUAUAAAUCAGGGUUUGAGCCCCCAGGAGAUGUUGACUUCGAGGACUUCACACAGCCGAUGAAAAGAACGAUCUCGGAAUCCAGCCUGUCCAACUCCAGAGGGGAUGGGAGGUCUGAGCCCAAGUUUGGUGGCAAAUCCAAGGGCAAGCUAUGGCCAUUCAUCAAGAAAAAUAAGCUUAUGUCCCUUUUAACAUCCCCCCAUCAGCCCCCUCCUCCUCCCCCUGCCUCUGCCUCACCCUCUGCUGUUCCCAACGGCCCCCAGUCUCCCAAGCAGCAAAAGGAACCCCUCUCCCAUCGCUUCAACGAGUUCAUGACCUCCAAACCCAAAAUCCACUGCUUCAGGAGCCUAAAACGUGGGCAGACACAGUCUUUGUAUAUUCACAAAGAACUCAUGAAGAGGACUUUAGGGACCCCCACGUGUGCCGUUGAGGCUAGGGAAUAUGUUCUUUCUCUCAAGCUGGGAGCAGGGCCAGAAGAUUUCAGCAAUCUCCCACCUGAGCAAAGAAGGAAGAAACUGCAGCAAAAAGUUGAUGAACUGAACAGAGACAUCCAGAAGGAAAUGGAUCAAAGAGAUGCCUUAACAAAAAUGAAAGAUGUGUACAUCAAGAACCCACAGAUGGGGGAUGCAGCCAGUGUGGACCAGAGAUUGGCAGAACUGGGGCAGAACAUUGAAAAGUUACGACUGGAAGUUCAGAAAUUUGAGGGCUGGCUAGCAGAGGUGGAGGGCAGGUUGCCCGCACGGACGGAGCAGCCCCGGAGGCAGAGUGGGCUCUACGAGGCUCAGAACCCUUCAGCAGUCAACAGCUGUGCCCAGGACAGAGAGAGCAGCCCAGAUGGCAGUUACACAGAAGAGCAAAGUCAGGAGACUGGGAUGAAAGUACCUGCAACAGAUUUUGAUGAUGAGUUUGAUGAUGAAGAACCACUCCCCACCAUAGGAACGUGUAAAGCUCUCUAUACAUUUGAAGGUCAGAAUGAAGGAACAAUUUCUGUAGCAGAAGGAGAAAUGCUCUAUGUAAUAGAAGAAGACAAAGGAGAUGGGUGGACACGAAUCCGAAGGAACGAGGAUGAGGAGGGCUAUGUCCCUACAUCAUAUGUUGAAGUCUAUUUGGACAAAAAUGCCAAAGAUUCCUAAAGGUGUUUGUGCUGGUGCAAGAACCUCGGGGCGAGCUUGUCACAGAAGGAGAAACAAAAUGGUCUGUUUACCCUGCAGGCAGUUCAAUCACACCCAUGGAAAACCAGACUCCUACUCUGGUCUGGAGUUCCCACUUGAAAAAUUGAGACCUAAAUUCCAUCCCAAUAUCACUCAGAUGCUUGCUCUUUCCCAUGGCAUGCUACUUGUGGCUCAGAUUCACUUCCCAGCCUUUCCCCAUCCCCUUCUGCCACCUUGGCACAGCCCCUCUGCCAAACAUAACCAACACUUCCCCCCCUACCCAAUUCCUCUUGCCACCCCUUGAAGAACUGCUGGCUGCCCUUUGCAAAGGGUAACCAGAGAGUCCCAAGCAUGUCCUGGUCUGUCUUCUCUCCUCCCUUGUCCCUCAGUCCAUCUGGAUGUCUGCACUGGUCCAUCAGCAUUUCACAAGGUGCCUUUAGUGCUCAUCCUGCAGCACCCAGGAGCUUGGUGAGGAGGUGGAAAAACCUCCCCUGGGACCAGUGUUACAGCAGCUGGACUGGGCUCUGAAUCUGCAGAUAUUCAACCUGAUCCCCGUGCAUUAUUCUGCUUCCCCAAAGGUCACUAAUACUUGUCAGCCUUUAUUUUUUUUUCUUGAAAUCCAGGCUGCUGCUCAUUCCAAGUAUUAAAUCCCCAUCACCUUGCUGUUUCCCGAAAGCCUCCAAGCUCACGUAUGUACCCUCCUUUUCCUGCUUCUCCCUUCCCUUUCCUCUUGGUUCCCCUCUCCUCUGGCCCUCUUCUUUCUCACACACAGACACACACAAAGACAGACACUGGCAUUUUGGUUUGAAGCCCCAUUUUGCUCCUCCCAGAGGCCUCCGUUUUGCUCUCAUUUCAGUCUGCAUGCUCGCCCUGUCGCCUUGCCUGCGCCCACCUUCCCGAGGGUCACCUUAGUUUGUGGCUCAGUGUUGGUUCCUCUCUUGGCAGUUUUUGCUUUGGUCGGGUUGGUUUUUAGCAUUUCAGACCUGCCACUUUCUUUUGCAUGACCUCUCCUGCGUCCUCAUCAGUUCACGUUUGAGUCACAGAAUUUUCUUGGAAAAACAGAAGAGAAAAAAAAAAAAAGAACCAAGAACCCACACUCUGUUUUGUUGUCAUGGAGUGGACCUUGACCCAGAAACCAGAGAGGAAUUGUGACCAUCCUCUUCUCUGUUUGAAGCAGAAGUGAGGCUGCACUUUAUCCCAUUGUGCAGUGGAGAGAGAGAGCUGUAAUAUCUCCAAAAAUGCCAUCAUCUGGGUCUCAACUUCUAAGAGCCAAUUGCUUCCUAACCAUCCCUGUUCCAUCUCUUGGUUGCCCUUGAGUCUUUACCAUUUUUAGGAUUUCACAGGCAUCUUUUACCUGUUUGAGCCCUGCAAGAGUCAGUUGCUAUUUAGUAGCACCUCAGGGCCAUUUAUUCUUAGGUCAAUACUUAAUUUGGGGGAUUCUUACUUUUAGCCAGCUUCAGCAUAUUUGGUAAAAUCCCCAGAAUUUGAGAAAGAAGCCACGAAGGGCAGGGACCCCAAAAUGAGACCUCUCAGGUUUAUUUUGCAGACAACCACGUGUGGGUUUUGCUGCCCACUGUGCAGGGUCAGCAUCCAGAAGUGUGGCCACAGAUCCUCUCCAUGCUGGGGGUUGCUUUAAUCACCCCCAACUCUGGAUGAAAUCCUUUUCAGUUGGAUUAUGUGUUGUGUUCAUCACUCUGUCCCCUUCUCUCUGUUCAAGAUCCCAACUUUUUUUUAAUAGGACAAAAAUCUGAGUCCUACAGCUAAAACUGUAGCUGUUGUAUUAUGGUGCUUAAUAUCUUGCAAGCAUCAACCAGCAAAAGGUGUUUUUUUGGUUUUUUUUAAUUAAUUCCAAUGGCUCAGGAGCCUGCCUUGAGAUGCAGGCAGUACCAAUGCUUUAGCAGCUUCUGAAGAGUCAUAAAACCUUUAAAUUACCAUUCUUGUCACUGCUGCUACUGCUGUCACUUAACUCUUUAGAUCCUCCAGUGGCAGAAUGUGACCCACAGGGUUGGCACCUGAGGCUUUGUACAAAGAUUUGUACAGAGGCUUCGUUGCAUCCAUCAGGGAUCUGAACAGUUCAGCUGUGCACAGGUGUGCAAAAAUACCUGCAAAAUCUUUUUAGCUGCAAUGUUUUUAUUCUCAUGGCCAAUGCACUGUUGAAUCAGCAGCUGGAAGAAUUCUUUUUCAACCUCUUGUCGUGCCAUCUAUGUAAAAAUUAGAGAAAAGUUUUUCUUUUAUAUAUUUAAUCUAGGUGGACAGUAUAUUAUUGUCAGCCUGUGUGGAAAGUUUGAGCAAUUGCAAUGUCUGUGUUGCUAAACAGUGCUUUAGAAGGAGCAUUAGCUUUAGCUGACUGAUUUAUUUUCUUCAAAAGUUUUAAUAAAAGACCACGUGUGGAGUUUUUGUAAACUUGGCAACUAGUUCCCAAAACCCCAGGUCUUAAAAUGUACUGCAAGAAAAAAAAAAAAUAGCAGCAAUCCUGUAUUGUAGCCUCCACUUUUACUCUGCUGCCUUUAUUCAGGGUAACAAACGAGUAACUUCUGUAGCAUUUACCUUUUGCAGCACCUGAAGGACUAAAUAUGUGACUGGUUUAUAAAAACUCUGCUUGGAUUUACUGAUCUUGCCCAGAAGCCUGGACUCUACUUCCUCCAAAAUCUCAUUGUCCCCAGCAAAAGUCUCUAAUGCCCUUUCUUAACACCUGUAAAUAGAGAAGAAACAUAUUUACUGAUACUGAAAGUUGUGUUUAAUGCUGAGUAUUUUCAAGAAGUUCAUUUAGUUGGAUGCAUCUCGUUCUUUGUUUUCCUGCCUGAAGUGUCAAAGACCUAAAAGAAGCCAAAUUCUAUUUUAACAUGAUGACCUUGAGCACUUUUUUAAUUUGUAUAUGUGUGUGUUUGUGUGUUUGAGCACUGAUCUCUAGAUCUUGGUGGCAUCUCAGUGUUGUGAUUUCAUUGCCAAUGUAAAAGGUUCUGGUGUUGCCCAUUCAUUUCUGGAGACAGAAUUCAACCAAAUAAAGUGCUUCCAUUUGAAAGCGAAUUAUUCCCCUUGUAACAAUGAGAGGAGAGUCAUCCACCUAUUUAAAUAAACAUUUAAUUCCAGAAAUAGUUUCAGCCAGAGAA